UCACUCAUAAAAUUAGAGCUGCCGAUGCUCACAUUUAUUUGGACAGUCAAACCUUUGAUGGUUCAACUUUCCUCAGCUGUUCACAUCUCACAACGAUCGAUCAAUGGAUAUUUUACCUUUACUUUGUAUUGUCUCUGCGGCUUUUACAGGUUUAACCCAAGGAGCUGGUGUGUUGCCUGAUGUUCUGAAUGCAGCUGUGGGACAGACGGUGAUGUUCACCACAACACUGACUCCACCACAGAAACCAUUUCUAACAGUGGGCUGGACAUUUGGUGAAAAAGAUAUAAUCACUUUUAAUGGUUUGAAUAUAACUGCACCAGAGUAUGAAGGCAGGAUCACCCUCUCCAUGUCUACUGGAUCUCUGGAGCUCAGAAAUGUGGCUCUACAUGACAGUGGGGUAUACAGAGUUAGCAUUUUUCCACUUGGAGAAGAAUUUAAGACAGGGAACACAAGGCUGAAUGUAUAUGAGCCAGUUUCCAGUGUAAUGGCAACAGCCAGCAGCACAGACUUGGUGGAGUUCAACAGCUCAGUCCGUCUGUCCUGCUCUGCCUCUGGAUCCUCUCUGUCUUUCCUCUGGCUGAACGGCAGCUCUGAGGUUACAGCCAGUGACAGAGUUCAGCUCACUGAUGGAGGCACCAUUCUCACUAUAUUAGACGUGACCCGCUAUGACCAGGGACCAUUCAAGUGUCAUGUGUCCAAUCCUGUCAGUGAUGGCACCAGUGAUCCAGUGAACCUCUCCAUCAGCUAUGGCCCAGAAAAUGUUAUUUUAACAAUAUCUCCGUCACAAGAAUACCAUGAAGAAGGGUCAAACAUCGACCUGAUGUGCUCAGCUGACUCCAAACCUGCUGCCCAAUUUAAGUGGCUUCUGAAUGGAGUCCUGCUGUCUGAUACUGGACCACAGUUCAGGCUGAUGAACAUUCAGAUGAGUCAAAGUGGGAACUACAGCUGUCAGGCCUUUAACAGCAAAACUCUGAGAUAUGAAUCAUCUCCACCUGCCACCAUCUCUGUACUGAGAGCUCCAUCAUUUAGAGGUCAGGUUUGACAAGAACAAAGGUAGUGGGACUGUCCAGCCUGGGCCACAGAAUGACACAUCAGAAUAUGUCAAGCUCCAAGUGAACAACAGUCGUCCUAAAGCGUCCUCACCUACUUCCUAUGACAACCACCAGGCGCAACAGAAGGGAACAGCUCCUCAGCCUCCUAAUGCCACACAAGUUGACUCAAGUUCGCAAGAAAGCAACCGCACUGGAUCUGAAGGAUCCUUAUAGGGGACUAUUUUGGACUUGAGUUUAUUUAGUCAAAGCACUUAAUCAACAGCAGUUAAUAAUCAACCAGUAUGUGACAGUUAUUGCUGUGACUGAGGUCACACAGCACAAUGCUGACCUAUUUGCUUUCAUUCACAUAUAACAGCUUUAUUUGUCUGUGCACAGUUAAUGCAAAGUGCACAUUACAUGUGAGUGAAAAUUUUCUCUUUAUGUGAUUCACUUGUUUGCAUGAGCAUAAUGUUUGACACAGAUGUGGUGUCAUGUUUGACUCCUCGUGUGUACUGUGUGAUGCAAUUAUGGAUUUAUGUUUUGCAUCAUACAAAAUGAAAAAUAUUGGUUAUUUAAUUAUAUUUAAUUCACCUUUCACUGGUGUUUAUCAGGACAUGGAUAUACUUUGAGCUUGUUUUUUGGCCAGUACAAUGGUGAACUGCAAUGGCCUAGCAGUAAUGGAAAGAUUAAUGUUAUCAGUUGGUCCAAAGGAGCAGUUUAAAGAGCAAUACAGAUUCAUAUCUUAAUAAUUAAAUUCCACCAUGAUAAAGUUAAACUCUAUUAAAACACAAAGGGGAGGUCUGCUGCCACAAUAUCCAAAACGCUAGCAUGCAAAAAUAAGCAUAACAAUGGGUCUCUCUGUAGUUCCACUUAAAUCAUAGAGAAAACCAGAGGUGUGGACUCAACUCACAUGACUUAGACUCGAGGUAGACUCCACUCACAAAUUUGUUGACUUUAGACUUGACAGAAUCAAAAAAGGCUUGCAACACAACUUGGACUUUAAUUGCAUUGACUUGUCACUUCGCCUGAACUUGAGCCUUUUGACUUGGAAA